AUGCAUGAACAAAAUACUACGUUUCGAAUAUGGUAUAUGGUUAUGCUGGUUUUCAUGAACGAACCACUACAAGCCCAGGCCCUACAUUCAUCCUACAUGGAAACAGUAAAGCAAUGGAACCUGCUCAACUAUAAUUUCCCAUGGGACUAUCCCGUAUCAAACAAAGAUUUUUACAAUGCUGAAAAUAUUGUAGCUACAGGAAUCGAAGUUGGAUACGAUCGAAUCUUCCUGGCCACACCACGAUUGUUCGCUGGAGUCCCAGCGACACUAUCGACCGUUGCGCGGAACAGUUAUGGUGAUUCUCCACUCCUGGAAGCAUACCCAUCAUGGAGUCACCAUCGAGCCGGUACAAAUCAAUACAACUGCUCAGACAUUGGGCUUGUGUCUGUUUACCGCAUCCGGAUCGAUUCGUGCAAUCGUCUCUGGGCGUUAGAUGCCGGUGUAUCACGAUCGCUCGAGGAUUUCGAAAUCACUUGCCCUCCAAAAAUACUCAUCUACGAUCUCUACACUAACCAGGUUGUACGGAGAAUCGAUUUCCCUACGGAGGUUGUUCGGGGUGAAUCGCUUUUUACCAAUAUUGUCGUGGAUGAAACUACGUCAAGAAAAGAGAACCAUUGUGAUGACGUUUUAGUCUACAUUGCUGAUACGGUUGCACCUGGCAUUGUUGUGUAUGAUAGUGAAAAAGAUCUCACUUGGCGACUAUCGCAUCCUUCUAUGUAUCCAGAUCCCGAUUUCGCUGAGUCAAGGAUUCUCGAACAUCGUUUCACACUAAUGGAUGGUGUGGUUGGGUUUGCAUUUGACCCGGAAGCAGACAUUCUUUAUUUUCAACCUCUUGCAACGGAUCGUUUAUUCUCUAUCAGUACCGCCGCUCUGCGCCAAGGACCCCUAGAAUUUGGCAAAGAUCUUCCCAUAAAACUGGUUGGACGUAAAUCGUCGCAAGGAAUUGGUCUGGCAGCAGCACCUCGAGGUGGAACUAUUUUCUACGCUCCGCUAUCGGAAACUGCCGUAGCUUCAUGGAAUCCACGCACCAACGAACACAGUCUACUCGCCCAAGACAAGGAAAGAAUUCAGUUUGCUGCCGAUCUGCGUACACCUGACCGUGAUAAUAAUGCUCUCUACAUACUAACGUCCAAAUUUCAUCGUUUUUACCUAAAAAAUCUGAAUGCCAAUGAAUUCAACACUCGCAUUUUGCGCAUCGAUGGCGUUGUUAAGAGCAGUGCACCUCAACAACAGACGACACUCUUCUCCAACCAGCAUAGAUUUGCACCAACUAGAACAAGCUAUGAGACUGUCUCCAGCAAUAACUUUUUCAGCGUGCCUUCGUCUUCUUUAAGUCAGAAACCACUAUCAACUAGUACUUCCCUAUCAUCUGACGGAAUCAAGUCUUAUGCUUCUUUUGUACAAAAUUUUUAUCGGAAACAAGCCCACCCGUAUAACUAUGAACCCGUCCCAGUAAUCGACAAAGCUAAACCAAGUAAUCCCUUUUUUAUAUUGAACAGUGGUGAGAAAACGUUUCCGCCACCUCAUUUCCCAAGACAACAAUCUGGGCUCAAUGGCGAAGUUUUCUUCCAUAAAGUCAAUCCUCAUUUCAAUGAUUUCAAUGGGUUACGAUUUCGAAAAAGCAUAAAUUUCAAUCAUUCCAUUGUUCUGCAUUAG